AUGCCACCUCAACCUCUGCCUAAUCCUACUAUAACCCUCCCGCCUCCCGUUGAAGACGUGGCCAGUCCGACACUAUGGGAGAGACAAAAUAUCGUCACAUUGUCCGUAACGGAGACACCGACCAUCACUGCCAAACCGCAACCUGCCAAAUUCCCAUUUGCAGUUGCCAUUCCGGCAUUGGCAGGAGGUAUGGCGAUCGCCGUCAUUGUCGCCUUGACAUACCUCUACUGCGUCAGAAGAAAGAAGAGACAGCGAAGGGAACGUUAUGAGGCACGUCAACGGCGUGCUAAGCGUCGCGCGAAAGAAGCUGCUUUGCGUCGAGCCAAUAGUGCGAAACGACAUCAAGCGAUGAGCUCCCGAUCUAACUCCUCGACCAAUCUUGUGACACCCAUGUCUGAAAAGACAGAUCAUAUCCCGCCAGUCCCUGCGCUGCCGAAAGAAGCUUAUCACUCGCCUGCCUCGUCCUCAUCGUCUUCUUCCAUCGACGAGAAAGACACCAGUCCAAGUCCAUCUCCACCCCGUCAUCAUGAUAAUUACUCGACCCAGCCCACUAUAGAUUCCACGACUCAACCAUCAUCCACAUCCCCUACCAAACCCAUCACCCCUCCCAAAUCUAGCUCUCGUUCUGCCGCUAGAAUGGCAGCCGCUGAUCGCGCAGCGGCAAGUGCGUUUGGUGACCCUAAUACACGCCAUCAACCGCGGAAACCAUCGCCGUUAGCGGGCGAUAAGAAUCCCAAGAAAUGGUCUCGAGCCUCUCUUUCAGCGACUUUCAGAGCUUCUUUCAGGAGAGAUAGAGAACAUUCGACAGAGAUGAAAUCGCCUUCACCCUUCCGCGAAGACGAUAUGGAUGAUGCUCAAUCGUUCGAAUACGAUGCUUAUGAUGAGAGACCAAGUUCACCCGGAUCAGAUUACGGGCGUGGUCCGUCAGGCGACUGGUCAGCUGGACAAAAUCGAGAUCGAAAGACGUCUGGCGAAUGGAGGGUAUCUUCAGGAUCAGCCGCGUACGAUGGGACAGUCGAACGUCAAAGUGGGAAUGGAAGGAAUCGAUAUUCUGGAGACCCGUAUCUCUCUGUCCCGGGUCCCAAUGGAGGAGCGUCGGAUGCAAGAGGCAAAUCGGGAAUGUACGGGUCAGAUCCAUACUCAGCUUAUCAUGGAGAAGAGGAGCUCAGGGAUGAGGAUUUCGAUGAUGAGGAAGAGGAUACCGGGGAACCGCAACCUGCGCCAGUCACAAAUAAAUGGAGGUUGGGGAUGGGCAAAUGGUUGUAA